GCUAAACACUUUUGUUGACGUCCAUGUCGUCCAGACGUCCUUUCACUGCGUUACGUCCCGUGCUCGCCACAAAACGCUGACUGUCGUUUCUGAGUUUCAAUAUGGAAGAUAUACAUAGGGGUUGAGGACAUUACUAUCCUAGAACUGCGCCCAGCAAACGCGCCGCGGUACUCGUCUCAGUCAGGUCUCAGGUGGACCCGAAGGUCCCAAGCAACAGCACAGAAAUCAUGACAAGUAUUAUAGACAAGGGUGUUGAUAGUCAUCUCCGUGAUCGAGAGCGGCUGUCUUUGGCUCUACCUCGCGCCGUCUACACGCACCAGUUCCAACGCGGAUUGACGUCUCAACUGAACAACACAGUGAAUCCGCAAGACGUCAUUUCAGCAGCCAUAGCGUCUAGAGCGCGUGACAUACACGAACAGCGCAAAUGCGUUACAGAAGAGACGAGACGGGCGCAGCAAAGGCUCAGGCGCGCGCCCGCAUCCUUCAUCGCUGGCCGCAGCCGUCAUUUAGGCAGCCUCCAUGACGCCAUCCUACACCACCGUGAAGACAAUGAUGGAACUGACAGCGAUGGGCCCAGCGAGGACAUAACGGGCUUCAACGACAAUGAUGAUAGCGAUGUCGAUGACGGCGAUUCCCCCAGUCAUGCAGCGUCCAAAAACUACACGUCCCCACACCCGACGUAUGGCACGGACACUAACCGCAGCCCAUUCCUCAGCAUUAAGAGCAGCUCUUCCCAAGUCAACGUCCCCAAUACCACCGCUGCCACCGCCAACAGCGACGAUGAAGUGAGUGAGCUCUCCUCUUUGCCCGCAGCCGGAGGCAGCAGCACGCCACGCAGCAGCUUGCUGCUGCCUUCGCUCUCUCUUGGCCGCAACACCCUCAGCAGCAGCUCCCCGUAUCAAAACCGAGCAUCGGGAGGGGGUUCUUCCUCCACCUGGUACAUGGAGGGGCUACCCAGAGGCUCCCCCGUCCUUACCCGCCGGGGCCACAUGUCCUGCAGUGGUGCCGCGCCCACACCUGCGCCUGCUGGCGGCGCCAGCGGCAGCGGCAUCAGCAGUGUGGAUUCACUUCCCCCCAUGCAGCCAGGCCGGCUGGUGCGCACGCACAUGAGCCAGAGCACGUCGGGAAUUGCGCUCAUGGGAACCAUGGGUCGCGAUCGGGACCGGGAGCGGGAGUCCCAGACAUCUGCCAUCGCUAGCACUGACGGUGCUGCCAUGGGAACGCACGCAGGCAGCGGCGGCGGAGGUUGCAUCUCCCGCACCGUGUCACGGCAGCUGUUGUCUCCCCUUGCUUCGCCGAGCAGGGCCAGCUCUGGAGAAAUCCGCGAGCACAGCACCCACCGGGUUACCAUCUUGGAUACCCAUGUCAGCGCCAAUCUCGGCAGCAGCAGCAACGACAGCAACAACAAUAAUAUUAGUACCGGCAGCAGCAGCAUGCUCAACAGCCACGGCGGCACCCACCAUCACCACCACCUCCCGCAACAGCAGCAACGCCGCCUUCACAAGUGCAGCAGCAACGCCAGCAGCAAUAGCAGCGGGAGCAACAACAGUGGCAGUAGCAUGGUCGGCCUGACGCCGCGGGUUAGGUCUUUCUCCUCCAACGGCUUCCUACUUAAUGCGGCUCUGCGUGCCACGAAGGCGGGUUUGGAACCGGACCACUCGGCUAGGGCGCCGUUUCUGAAGCACGGGAUGUCACCAUUGCAACACGGUGCGUCGGCAAGCAGCCUUGGUGUUGGUGUUGGCAGUUUGAAUGGGCUGUCCUCUGGGGAGGGCUCUGGCAGCCUGAGUUAACGGAAGAAGGGCCGUGAAAAGCCCCACGACUGUGUUGGCAUUUGAGGGGGCUGCAUGCGCACAGAUACGCGGUGAUAGCACAAUGACGUGGAUUUUAAUGAUUGUGUAAGGUUCGGCUCUUGAGCAAAGGUGUGCACGGUUGUUUUGCGGCAGAUUAAGCGGACAUACGGAUGUGCAUGUGUCUACGCAGGCGGGGCGACAGGCAGCCCUGCUUGUCUCGCUGCUGCGUAUGACGCGGCUGCGGUGUGUUUUGGCGUGUCUAAUGGCGUGCCUAGGUAAUGGCUUGCCACCUUUGCGUAGCUGUGUUCAGACAGCUGGGGUUAGGUUGACCGCCGAAUUGUAUUGAUGAGGGCUGUAGGAGUAAGCGCCAGAGCGCUGCUUGUGUUGGAAGCCACCUGACUGUGCGCGGGCAGCUGGCCCCCUGGAGAAAUUUGAUGCUCGCAUGACAGCUGGUUGGUUGGGCGGCAUUCCGUUAGGCUGUUGUGGAAGUCUUCUGUGUGGAAGUCUUCAGGGCCUGCAUUGUGACAUUGCGUUACCCUGUGGUUAGUUCCAUGUGAUAUGAACGGUGAUGGCAGUGAUGCUUUCAGUAUGUGUGAUUCGUUAACACAAUGAAUGAACUGAUGAGAUGCGAAGACACCUACCUUGACUGGUUGCCAUCCUUGUGUUGGGCUUUUAGGUUCGGCUGCUGACAUGGCUGCCGUGAGGGCAAAGCUGGUCGCCUAGCUGCGUUGAGGCAAGGGCAUCGUGUCGUACACGGGUCCGUAUGGGCUGGAAUGGAGCUGAGCAUUCAUCGUGUUUAAGAUUUAAUGCGUGUCGCGGUAAUGCAUUGGUGGUGGUUGAAAGGAAGGUAGCAGGUGAAUGGGGUAGCGGGGUAGGUGGUUGGCCCGCUGUGUUGCGGGUCACACAACAGAUGGUCCAUGAAGCUGGCCAGCGUUGUAGGAGAUUGGAGGCGCUGGGCUGGGUUUUGUAAGGGAAGUAAAGCUUUGGACGGUAAUUCUCUUCCUGGGCCGUUUGUCCAGGCCAGUAACUAGCUAUGCUUGAUGCUUCUGGCGUUGUGAGCACAUUUGUCACGGUCGGCUUAGCUGCCGGUAGGCCUUCUGUGGGCCGUUGUAUGUGUCACUAUCCACACAGGGCGUAAUGCGAGGCUCUUGUGUCGUGUUGGGAGUGUUAGAGGUGUGCCUUCCUUGCCGGGAAUUAGCAUAUUUGCUGGUCGGGACUUUGCCCAGGUUCCCUGGCCGCCUCCCUCGAUAAUGAGGAGGUAUUGUAUGCAUGUAUCAUCAUGUUGUAUGCUUGCUGUAUUGCACUGGGCGUCGGAGGGGCGAAGGCGUGCUUGCCGUAUGCGCCUGUGUUGACCUAUGAAAGAAUAGUUGAUGCCUUUAUUUAACAUUGCCAUGUACACGCAAGCCAUGUUGGCUUCAUUCUCCAGACCCAUGGGUCUUGCCUCACGGGAGGCUCUGCUGCACUUGGUGCAUUGGGUUGCCUUGGCUUCCCCUGACGUCCUGUUUGGCACGUUCGACUUGGCUUGGUGUUACAUAGUAGGAAAUAUUUGCUUGUAGGAGUUCGCAGUUGCAGUGAUGUGUGUUGGUGAUUGCGACUAGGGUGUUGUAUCGCAUAACAUGCGUAAUGUAGGACCUAAUAGUUUUAUGCAAACGAAUUUAUUGUGAUAUUGAUCCCAGUUGCUGGAGGUUGCAUUAUGACCAUUCUUAGCACACCUGGGUUAGCCCUGCUACCAGACAGUCCGUUCAUGUUGGGAACUAUGAUAUGUACGGCAUUGUCAACAAGGGAACGGGCACCGUGAUUUCUCCCAAUGGGGACAAACGAAGUUGUUACCAGUUGUAACGACCUUGCCAAUCGCACCUCCGCUAUUUGGCGUCAUGCCCUGUACUACCGUAGUGGGAAGAAAACUGGUGCGUGGCCCCAGAGUAAUACGGGUGGAGCUACGCCGGUGUGCAUAAGCUUGGGAGUGUGGGACACGGCAUGUCAAGUUUUAUUACUUGCAGUUUAUAAGCCACUAAAGGCAGUCAAGAAUCUUUUUCACUUUGGGCUACGCUUGAAAACAAUGUGUAUGUGGUAUUUGCGUCAUCUUCUUAAGCAUACCGGUACAGGGGCCAAAGUUUGGUAGCGCACAGGUCAAUACUGAUGACGCAAGUCACUGCAAUUGGAGCAGUACCAUAUUAACAGUACUGAUAAGGUAUGCAGCCUGUGUCGGUGCCUGUGCAAAGUACUUUUGCGAUGUACAUUAACAAUAGCUUACUGACAACUCUAAUACUUAAACUAGUCACGCUGCACUAGCACUUUGUUUGCGGCCGUCUUCCGCAUAAAGCAUGGACCGGGUUUUCGGCUGCAAUGCUUGCCCGUUAAGGGGAAGCUCGGGAUGGUCCUCAUUAUAUCUUGUUGGAAUACGAUGUUGUGCUCACGCUUUUGCGAGGGGCCAUAUCCA